UUUAUUUUGUAAAAAAAGAAAUGGUGUAGCCAAAAAGGAGUAUCACGCAAAAAGAUGAUGCAAGAAAGAAAGAGAAGGAAAAAAUGAGAAGGUAGUGCUAGGUGCGAGUACUGGAGCGAAAGGCGGGUGUGUGACUCUCGUUAGGGAAAGAGAGAGAGAGAGAGAAAGAGAUAUGCAGUUCCAUUCAGAAACUCCAAACAUCUGAGGCGACAACCUUAGGAAUCUCGAUCGCUGAUAAAACCUAUGCAGCCCCCAUCACAGUCUGCAUUCCAACUUGUUUAAAUUCUCUUUUAUUCCGAUUCACCCUUCUCUCAAUAAAUUUUGGGCCUAUGAGACCCGAUUCUUCGCCACCGUCACUGUGGUAAUAAAGUUUUUUUUUUUUCAAAUAAAAGAAAAUGGCUACUCCUGUUGAUCCUCCUAAUGGAAUCAAGAAUGAAGGGAAGCAUUAUUUCUCCAUGUGGCAAGCUCUGUUCGAGAUUGAUUCAAAGUACGUGCCAAUCAAGCCCAUUGGUCGCGGUGCAUACGGGAUCGUGUGCUCUUCUGUGAAUAAAGAGACCAAUGAGAAGGUUGCCAUAAAAAAAAUACAGAAUGCCUUUGAGAACCGGAUUGAUGCUUUGAGAACUUUGCGCGAACUCAAGCUUCUUCGUCACCUUCACCAUGAGAAUGUAAUUGCUUUGAAGGAUAUCAUGAUGCCUGUUCAUAGGAAUAGUUUCAAGGAUGUCUAUCUGGUUUAUGAACUCAUGGACACGGAUUUGCACCAGAUUAUUAAGUCUUCUCAAGCACUGUCUAAUGAUCACUGCCAGUAUUUCCUCUUUCAGUUGCUACGAGGCUUGAAAUAUCUUCAUUCCGCUAACAUCCUUCAUCGUGACUUGAAACCUGGAAAUCUUCUGAUCAACGCAAAUUGUGACCUAAAAAUAUGUGAUUUCGGGUUAGCAAGAAUUAACUGUAGCAAGAACCAGUUCAUGACCGAGUAUGUUGUGACAAGGUGGUACAGGGCACCAGAGCUCCUACUCUGCUGUGACAACUACGGGACAUCAAUUGAUGUUUGGUCGGUUGGAUGCAUCUUUGCUGAGCUUCUUGGUCGAAAACCGAUUUUCCCUGGUUCAGAGUGUCUCAACCAGCUGAAAUUGAUCAUCAAUAUCCUUGGUAGUCAAAGGGAGGAGGACAUCGAGUUCAUUGAUAAUCCAAAGGCAAAAAAGUAUAUCAAAUCACUUCCUUCUUCUCCUGGAACCCCCUUUUCGCGACUUUAUCCUAAUGCACAUCCUUUGGCAAUUGAUCUUCUAGCAAAGAUGCUUGUUUUCGAUCCAACAAAGAGGAUCAGUGUCACUGAAGCGCUUCAACACCCUUACAUGGCCCCUCUUUACGAUCCUAACUGUGACCCCCCAGCUGUGAUUCCAAUUGAUCUUGACAUUGAUGAGGAUCUGGGGGAAGAGAUGAUAAGGGAGAUGAUGUGGAAAGAAAUGCUUCAUUACCAUCCUGAAGCUGCUGUAGAGAGUGCAGGGCUGUGCUGA